AUGACGGACCAAGCGAUCGCUGGGACAGCAGAAAAGGCGGCGAUAGCACCGAUCAAUGUGCUGCUAGGGAAGCCGACGGUGCUGGCGCGGGUGGUGGCUUUUGCCGGGUCGGUGGACACAAGAGUGCUCGUGUGUCUCAAUCGCAAUUGGGCGAGGGAAAUGAUGAAGCCGUCGGUGUGGGAGAUCUCUGCUGGUGUCCCGUACGAGCCGCUACUGAUCAACUGCUUCCGUCGCGCUGCCAACUAUUGCUACCGCGAGGUAGACGCCCCUUCCCCAAACGUGAACCGAAGAGGAUCGCCUCCUGCAAUCCGAGCCUGUCUGUUGAACGAGCGCACGUCAAUGCGCGAAUACGUGCACGACUUGAAACUCAUGACGGCAGAAAACGAGUGGUUUGAUAAAUCGCCCAGUGUCCUCAGGUUGAGUGACGUGUCGGAAUCGAAAAACGAUGGGCACCGAAACGUGCAGACAGCUUUCCAGAAUCCGAAAUUGUUGAACACCCGAUUCAGUCGAAGUCAGGAUGCACGACUAGUAUCAGGCGCUGUUGAUCAAGAGCGUGCGAGUUUUUACUUGUGGUCGCUUGAAAAACAGCAACUCCGCGCGUCGAUGACGCAAGCCAAUGCUUCGUGCUUCGAUGUGUGUGACGAAGCUCUCGCUGUGGGCUGUACCGAUGGUGCAGUCAAAAUCUGGAGCUUUUCGUCGCUUGAAAGCCGCAAAUUUGAAACAACGUCAGUAGUAAAUGCUUCGCCCACGACAUCGAUCUCCCAUCGCUCCAGUUUAGGAAUGGUUCCUUUCAUUAGAACGCGAGCAAAAGACAAGGUGGUGAACGUCAGAAUUGAUCACAACGAUGGCACUUUCUUACAUUUGGCAACCUCGACGGAGAAAGGGGAAGCAAAUAUUUGGGAUGUGACAAAGGGAGAAAUCAUCGUGUCCAUCCCGUCCAGCAAAAUCCACAAGUCGAUGCUGCCGCGGUCACAGAGAGAGUCAUGUCCGCAGAUCACGAGCUUGAUGCUGCUUCGUAACACGCUCGUAUGCGGCACAUCAUGUGGCCUCAUCCGUGUCUUCGAUUUGCGCAGCAGCCGACUGACGCAUCGACUCGCCGGCCACCCUGGUGCUGUGGUCAACGCAGAUACUAAGGGACGGGUGUUGUGGUCAGCGGGUAGUGAGGGCACUGUUCGUUGGUGGGGUGGAAAAAGUGCAAAGAUACUGUCGAAAUCAGCUUUGUGCGAAGGCACGAUCUCCGCUCUUGAAAUGGACGAGACUGUAGUCGUUGCAGGCUAUUCGAAGCAGGGAAUGGAGGCUUGGGACGUGCGGACUCAACAAUCGUUGUGUACGUUCAGCAACCGCAAACACGGAGGUGUCCAAGCGCUUCAGUUUGACAACCGCAAGCUUGUUAGUGUGUCAUCAACCGGCAAGGCAGCGCUGUGGAGAUGGUACGAACCCAACCCUGUGCGAUGGUUUGAACCUCCGACUCCAACCGCACGCUUCGUCUCGACAAAGUUCAAUGACCGGCACCUUGUGUUCGGUACCGACUGCGGAGAGCUUGUGGAUUACGACCGACUCGCCUCGGUCGUUUAA